AUGAUCCCUCCCUACUGGGAAUUUGUAGAACCAAUAAACAUAAUGUGCAGUGGGAUCCUUUGGGAUGAAAUAUCAUCAUCAUCUUUAUAUCUGAUCAUUGCAAAUGUUUUCUUCACAGAGACGGUUCUCCAGCAAUAUUCUGGCUAUGACGUUGUUCAUCCAGUCCGAGUUGAUGAGAGUGGAUCUUUUCUGUCCUAUGAUCUGGCUUAUCGCGCAAUUCACAAAAGGGCCCUUUCCUCAAGGAACAAUUUGCUCUCCUUUUAUGAGCUGCAUUACAAAGGACAGCAUCUAAAAUUCAAUUUAAGCAUUAAUAACAAUCUCCUUGCUCCUGGGUUUGUUAGUGAGAGACGAUAUGGAGGAAUCACCAAUGCCAAGAUCCAGUCUUAUAAUCACAACUUUUGUCACAUGCUUGGAGAGGUCCAGAACUGGGCGCUGAAAGGUGGUUUAGCAGCUCUUAGCACGUGUGAUGGGCUGAGAGGUGUAUUUCGGCUCGCAAACGAAGACUAUUUCAUUGAACCUCUGGCUACAAAUAAGCAUGAGGACGGUACAGCCCGUCCCCAUAGGAUCUAUAAACGUCAUGCUCCAGAAUAUGAGGAAGAAGAGUUGAUAGUGGAAUCCAGCAGAAAGCGAGACAGGAAACAGCCCGAUAACUUGGGAGCAUGUGGAGUCCAAGAAUCUCCACAAAGCCUGGAGACGUCUGAGAAACGGAGAGAGAGAUGGGAACAGAAACAGCAGAGGAAGCGAAGAAUAAAGCAGCGCUCCAUCAGCAAGGAGAAGUGGGUGGAGACCUUGGUGGUAGCGGACGCCAAGAUGGUGGAGUAUCACGGAAGUGAAAAUAUAGAAAAGUAUGUGCUGACCGUAAUGAACAUGGUGGCAGGUAUAUUCCAUGAUGCCAGUAUUGGAAACCCUAUCAACAUUGCAAUAGUUCGUCUUAUCCUGUUAGAAGAUGAUGAGGAGGAUUUGAAAAUCACCCAUCACGCGGACAACACCUUGAGAAGUUUUUGCAAAUGGCAGAAAAGCAUCAAUGUGAAAGGAGAUGCCCACCCACUACAUCAUGAUGUAGCUGUCUUGCUUACCAGGAAAGACAUCUGUGCUGCAAUGAACAGGCCUUGUGAGACUCUGGGUCUCUCUCAUGUGUCAGGAAUGUGUCAGCCUCACAGAAGUUGUAAUAUAAAUGAGGAUACAGGACUUCCCCUGGCUUUCACCGUGGCACAUGAACUCGGACACAGUUUUGGGAUUCAGCAUGAUGGAAGCGGCAAUGACUGUGAGCCAGUUGGGAAAAGACCUUUCAUCAUGUCUCCACAGCUCCUGUAUGACACCUCUCCACUCACCUGGUCCCGCUGCAGCAGGGAGUACAUCACACGAUUCCUCGAUCGAGGCUGGGGGUUGUGUCUGGAUGACCCACCUGCCAAAGAAGUGGUAGACUACCCCUUGGUUCCACCAGGAGUCCUCUAUGAUGUCAGCCAUCAGUGCCGGCUGCAGUAUGGAGCAUACUCCGUCUUCUGCGAUGACAUGGAUAACGUCUGCAAUACGCUCUGGUGCUCAGUGGGGAACACGUGCCACUCCAAGCUGGAUGCUGCCGUCGACGGCACAAAGUGUGGCGAGAACAAGUGGUGCUUCAAUGGAGAGUGUGUGCAGGUGGGCUACCGCCCAGACGCUAUUGAUGGAGGCUGGGGAACCUGGAGUUCUUGGUCUGCUUGCUCUCGGACAUGUGGUGCUGGCGUGCAGAAUGCAGAAAGGCAGUGCAACAACCCCACACCAAAGUAUGGUGGUAAAUACUGCCUUGGGGAACGGAAGCGAUUCCGGGUUUGUAACAUGAAGCCGUGCCCCACAGACAAACCAUCCUUCCGCCACCUCCAGUGCAGCCAGUUUGAUGCCAUGCUAUAUAAAGGGAAACUCUAUAAGUGGAUGCCAGUACCGACCAACAUCAAUCCGUGUGAGUUGCACUGCCGCCCAGAAGAUGAAUACUUUUCCGAAAAGCUCCGGGAUGCUGUCAUCGAUGGGACUCCAUGUUAUGAAGGGAACGCAAGCCGGGAUCUCUGUAUCAAUGGGAUCUGUAAGAACGUGGGCUGCGACUAUGAAAUUGACUCCAACGCUGUUGAGGAUCGGUGCGGGGUGUGCCAUGGGGAUGGAUCCACCUGCCAGACUGUGAAAAAGAUGUUCGAGGAGAGCGAGGGGCUGGGUUACGUUGACAUUGGGAUGAUCCCAGCUGGAGCCCGGGAGAUUAGAAUUGAGGAAGUGGCAGAAGCAGGAAAUUUUCUGGCUUUAAGGAGUGAAGAUCCAGAGAAAUACUUUCUGAAUGGCGGGUGGACCAUCCAAUGGAACGGAGAUUACAAAGUGGCUGGGACAACCUUCACCUACGAGAGGACUGGAAACUGGGAGAACCUCACAUCCCCUGGGCCCACAGGGGAGCCCGUCUGGAUCCAGCUAUUGUUCCAGGAGACGAACCCAGGGGUUCGAUACCAGUACACGAUCCGAAGGGAGCCUGAGCAUGAGAAUGAGAUUCAGCCCGCAGAGUUUUCCUGGCAAUAUGGCUCCUGGACUAAGUGCACUGCCACCUGUGGGGCAGGUGUUCAGAGGCAGAUUGUGCACUGUGUUGAAAAGAUGGCUGGGAUAGUGGAAGAGCGGUACUGUGACUCAUUAACCCGACCCGACGACAAGCAGAGGACGUGUAGUGAAGAGCCCUGCCCAGCCAGGUGGUGGGUUGGCGAGUGGCAGAAAUGCUCUGCCCCUUGUGGUGAAGCUGGGCUCAUGAAGAGGACGGUCCUUUGCAUUCAAAGCGUGUGGCUGGACGAACAGCGGGCUUUGCAGCACACAGAAUGUCAGAAUCUCUCCAAGCCAGACGCCACUGCGCCCUGUAAUAGGGAUAUCCUCUGUCCUGCUCAAUGGGCCGUGGGCAACUGGUCUGAGUGCUCAGUAACAUGUGGAAAUGGAACACAAAGACGCCUUGUUUAUUGCAGUAACAAUACUAGGACUACUUGUGAUCUUACACAGAGACCACUGUCAGAAACUACUUGCUCCCUGAAGCAAUGCCAGAAGAAAAUAGAAAAUGCCAACACUGACUGGUCUGGCAGCGGAUCUUCAAGCAGAGAACUAUUUAAUGAAAUAAAUUACAUUCCCAAUCAUCACAUUUCCCACUUCAGCCCCUCAAUUCCAAAUAAUCCAAAAUCCAAAGAUGAGAAUGUCAUAACAGAGGAAGAUUUUUCAAGCAGCAGUAACAAAAAGGAAAAUGUGUUUGUGGAUGAUUUUUACUAUGAUUAUAAUUUUAUCAAUUUCCAUGAAGAUCUGUCCUAUGAUCCCCUGGGUGAGAAAGACAUCAAGAGUGAGGGGUUUAAACCAGAUGCUGAGGGUGAUGCUUCUAAUGAAAUGUCUCCUAACAUUCCGUAUAUUGUAAAACCAGAAGGAGAACCCAAUGAAGGAAACUCAGCAAGACGUGAGACAAAUACUUCUGCAGAUGUGCAUAAUGAAGAAAAGGAAAAAAGUGGCAUUGGAGACAAUAAAACUCUCUUUGGUAUAACUGAAGAACAUGAGGAUAUCGGGACAGCUACUGCCCACUACAUAACCCCCUCUUACAUUGGAGAUGAGGAGAAGGAAAUGCAGACGCCACUUUCCGAAGAUCAUCCAUCCACUGAAAAUGGAACAAGCCUUUAUUCUAUAAACAGCCAGGAUAAUCUGGCCACUGAUAAAACACAAGGAGUCCUGCUGACAAGGACCAUUUCUGAAGAGGAUGCGACAGUCACCAUCCCCUCUGUCAGUUAUCCUUAUCUGGACAUCCCCUCUCCACCACUGCCUGUUGACAAGGGCAGUGCUGGUGGAGAAGAGAUGUAUGACAUUUGGGGAAGUACAGGAGAGCCUGGAAGCAGAGAAGAGGAUGGUAAAAGCACAGAGGUUCCUGCUAACAACGACAGCAAAGAUGAUGGCUUGGCUGGUAUUACCGAGCCAGGCCAGGAAGAUACCAAUGAAAUGGAUUUGAUCAUCAUCGAUGAUGGUGACACUGGCUCCAAAACCGAAGAUGAAGAAGCACAGGCCGGGAUAACCGCAACAGCAGAGAGUGCAGACAUGAACAGGCCCCCACAUAACCUCCCUCCCCAGCCAACGACAAAUGAGUCACUGCAUCUUGCAGCUAAAGACACCCCUUUCCUCUCCACUGAACACGGAUCUAAGCAGGAAACAGGAGGCACUAGUGAAGACACUCACCCCAUUAUGGGUUCAUAUAAGUUAGAUAACAAGGAACCGGAUGACCAUACAUCCCGUGCAGAGGAUGUACCAAAGCAGCUAGAUGAUUUCAAUGCUGCUUCACAGACGCCUGAUACACGAGCAGCCGCCAUGACAGCUCUUCCCCUGCCGAGGUCCAUGCCUCCCCAUGUGCAUGAGCCAUCCACACAAGAAAUCAGGACACUUACAUCAAACAGUCUAGCCCCCCAGGAUGCCCAAGCACCAGCCGUGCCAGUAUCCUCAGAUCCAAACCCCACAGCUGGUCCAGAAGGGACGCUCUCUGCUUUGGCAGCCGAGUUCACCACGGCAUGGUGGGUUGAGAGGGAAGCACAUGAAAUAGAGAUGACUCAUUAUAGAAGGGAGGUGUUUUCUGACGUGCCCAGGGCCACCCAUGCAGGCCCAGCCGAAAGCGCAGGCCCGAGUGGAAGCUCCCUAGGGGGCACCCAGAGGAUAUUUGCUAACAGGGAUGGAGACCACGGAACGUCUCUCCCCACACCCAGCCUUCCCGAGCAGCAGCAGCAGGAGGCAGAAACAAAGGAGGAUUCUUUCCUAUUGCUCCCUGCUACCAGAGCAGCCACAGUAACGACCAGCUGGGAAGUUGGGCGCUGGAGUGAGUGCUCCACAACCUGUGGCUUAGGAGCGAGCUGGAGGACAGUGCAUUGUAGUACAGGCAAAGAUGAAGAUUGUGUUGCUGCAAAUAAACCUGUCCCUGCUCGAAGGUGUUACCUGAGACCAUGUUCCUCGUGGCGUAUUGGAAACUGGAGUAAGUGCUCCAAGAACUGCGGAGGGGGGCUGAAGGUUCGGGACGUGCACUGCGUUGACACCAGAGAACAGAGGCUUCUGCGGCCCUUUCAUUGUCAAGCUGUUUUCUACAAGCCCCCAAUGCAGACUCCCUGCCAAACCAUGCCUUGUCUGGAGUGGUAUAUCUCGUCCUGGAGAGAGUGCUCUGAGUCAUGCGGCAGCGGUGAGCAGGAGCGUUUAGUUACGUGUCCAGAAUUCGGACGAUGUGAUGAAAUGCUAAGGCCAAAUAACACAAGACCCUGCAACACUCACCCAUGUACCAAAUGGGUAGUGGGGUCAUGGGGACAGUGCACAGCUACCUGUGGUGGUGGCAUCCAGCGGAGACAGGUGAAGUGCAUGAACACAAAAACUGGCGAAGCUGAAGAAGACAGUAGCCUGUGUGACCACGAACAGUGGCCAGAGAACACCCAGAAGUGCAAUCCCCAGGACUGUGACAAUAACGAGUCAACCUUCAUCUGUGAGCGGGACCGCCUCACGUUCAGUUUUUGUCAAACCCUAAGGAUUCUGGGAAGAUGCCAUCUUCCAACUGUCAAUGUGCAGUGCUGCCGAACCUGCCGCCAGCACGGUCACAGUGCUCGGGAUCGUGGGAAUGAACGUGUCUCCAGGAGGUGA